AUGCACGCGCAGUUCUGCGCCGCCGGUAUGAUGGGGCGCGGGGGUGCCGGGGAUCGAUGGCAGCACCCGGCGCAACCCGCGCACCCGCCCCACGCGCCCAAUGGCUUCUCUUCCGCAGGCGCCGCCGCCGCCGCCGCUGCCGCCGCCGCUGCCGCUGCAGCAGCAGGUGGUGCGGGUGGUGGUGGCACGGGAGGCACGGCGGCCGGGAUUCCUGCGUUCGGCGUGCCUUCGUUUCCGAAGCCCCCAGCCUCGUUCGGGGGACAGCCGGCGGGUUUGAACCAACAGCAACAACAGCAACAGCAGCAACCACAGCAGCAGCCACAGCCGCAGCAACCCGGCCAGUCACAGCAGCAGCAGCAGCAGCAGCAGCAGCAUUAUCACAACCCGUUCUCCCAAGCUCCGGCCAGCCCCACACCAGACCACACCGCCCCACACCCUUCUCAACCCUUCGAGCAGCCGUCCCACGCGCAGCAGGCGCAGUCGCAGGCGCAGGGUAGCCUCUUCGAGCGGUUCUGCUCGCCAGGACCCGCGGCGACGGGGUUCCGGCAGGCGUUCGUGAACGACGUGUGGGGCAAGGUACAGCGGGAACGCAUGGACGAGCAGGCGGAGGGGCGGCGCAGGGACCGCGAGCGCAAGGAGGCAGAGGUGGCGGAGCGGAAGCGCGUGGCCAAGGCGGCGAGGGAGGUGGAGAGGGAGAGGAAAAAGGCGGCUGCUGCUGAGAAGGCGGCGGCGGUUGCUGCGGCGGCUGUGGCGGCCAUGGGGGCGGGCGCGGGGAGGGAAGGCGGAGGCGGACAGCCGAAGGGGAAAGCGGGUGAGGAGUUGGGUGGAGAGGGGAUGGGCGCACCUGGUGGAAGGGCGGGAGGGGUGGAAGACGUGGGAGGAGAAGGGCGGAGCACGAGAAAGAGACAGAGGGGGAAGGAGGAUGUGCUACCACACGAUAUGACUGCUGCUGUGCAUGCUGCCAUGGCUGCCGCGCGCGCUGCUCUUGGGACGGGCGGGAUGGAUGGGAAUGGUCGGGCGACUGUGCUCGACCCUGCGGCACCAGCUGCAGCUGCGGCUGCUGCGGCUGCGGUGAGGAGCAAGGAGGCCAGUGGGGAGGGCGGGGGGACGACUUCUGCGGCUGCCACUGCUGCCAGGGGUGCUGCUAAUGGUGUGAAUGGGGUGGUGGAUGAGAAGGGCGGGCAGAAAGAAGGGAAGUCGGAGGGGGAUGAGGAGGAGGAGGGAAUGGAAGUGGCGGAUCCCGAUUUCUACUGCUUUGACAACGACCGCGAGGAGGAGAGCAUGCAAGAAGGGCAAGUACGUGGACGUGUGGGCACUGUAUGGGCUCUAUACGAUGAUCGGGACGGCCUUCCGCGUUUCUACGCGCUCGUGCAAAAGGUCUCCCACCGCCCCGCCUUCAAGUGCCGCCUGCAGUGGCUAACGCCCCUCCCAUCCUCCUCCCGCCGCUCCGCCUCCUCCUCCCUCGUCCCCCCAUGUGGGUGGUUCCGCCUGGUAACCCGGGCCAAGACAAUGGAUAGCAUCAAUGUCUUUUCGUGCCGCAUGCCGGGGGUGAAUCUUCACCCGAACUUUCCUCUGGCUGUCUUCCCGCAGCCGGGGCAGGUCUGGGCGGUGUUUACUGACCGGGUGCUGCUGCAGCAGCGGCGGAAUGGGACAGGUUCGGGGGGAGGUUUGGGGGCAGGUUCGGGGGAGGGCUUGGAGAGGUAUGAUAUGGUGCAGGUGGCUCGAGAAGGGGAGGUGAAAGGGGGGUUGGCAGCGGUGGUGGGAGCGGCGGGGUUGAUUGGGUUGCCUGAGAGGCCGGAGGAUGGGGUGAGAGGGCAGUUGGUGGUGUGGCCUCUGCGGCGCACGCAAGGAUACACGAGCAUCUUCCAGCGCACGAGCGAGUGUCUGGCAGUGGACGUAACAGUCUUCUCUCACUUCGUCCCCACAUACAUCUGCAAGGGCAACGAGGCCAACUCCAAGGGACUCCCCUCCCCGCCUCGAGGAGCCAUGGAGCUUGACCCUGCCGCCAUCCCCCCUGUCAUCUCACCCAUUCACACUUAA